UUUCGGUAUAGAUUUAGUCAUCAUUUCUCAUCGCUUUCAGGCACAGCAUCUCCUCCUUUCCACCCAAGGAAUUCUGUGUUAAUCAAUGUUAUUACUAUUUCUUUAAGUUUUAUAACAUUUGAUAUAUAUAAAGACUAACAAAAAUACGAAGAUAUUUGCUGAAAAAUGUCUGCCCAAUGUGUGAGCCUAGCCCUAGUUGCACUCACGAUUGUUGUGACGAGUCCUAUCUUAUGCUUGGUGCACAAGGAAGCCUUGGACAAUUUGGUCAGUCAGAAAUGCGUGGACAAGGUGACGCGCUGUAUCCCGUCAUUUUUACAGCGCGGAGAGGACCAGUGCAAUGACGUCAAGAACGCCAGGUUUUGUUUGAAUUCAGGAGACGAGUGUGACGCUGAAGCAAAUCAGAAGCUGGACUAUGUGUCAUGCGUAAUAGACAGAGCGGAAGAUGAAAUGGCCGGGGCCUCUGAAGACUGCAAGAGACAUUUCCGCACUUGUUUCAGCCUAGGGGAGUCACUGCGGAAUGCCAAAGGACUGUCCAACGAGCAGGUGAAAGGCAGGCUGUGUGGCUAUGUCCGCGAGAGAGAGAACUGCUUCACUACAAAGAGGAGAGGUUUCAGUUGCACACAAGCUGAGUACAGCGGGCUGGAGAGUGCGUUGUGCGCGUCUGCAGGAAGGGCAAUAGCUCUCAGCGCGCUUAUAUUUAUGUGCCUGGCCAUUUCUUUUCAGUUUAUCUUCAAACACUGAGGGUGAUGCUAUGACUGAACCUAAUUCAGAAAACUACAGCAGGAAAAUAAAAGACCUUUUGGUACAACUGGUCACUGAAAUGUAUGACAAAGUAAUGGUAUUUUGCCCGUAAAAAUAAUUUUCGAUCUCCCCAUUUUUUAAAUAAAUGAAAAGCGUGUUUUUCCUCUAACUUAACAUCAUGACGACCGGGCGUGGAAUGUGUGGAGACCCCGCAUGCGCCUGAUAAUAUAUAGGUCAAGUAAGGAGGGUAAAAAUUCACUCUUUCCAUUUUUAUGCAAUAAAAAAUAUUUUGGUCGUUAUUGUUCCAAUUUAAAAGUGUGCAAAACUCAUCUCAUUGUUACAGAUCCAUUACAAAUUUUAAUAAAAUACAAUUUGCAUGAUUUCACGUUAUCUAUCUACGUGUUAACAUUUUGCAAACACAGUGGUUUACAUCUAACAGAAACAAUUGAAUUCUUUAACUUGUAGACUUUUUGCCCUAAAACUAUACACAAAAGACUCUCUCUACUAGCAGAAAGUACUCAAAAGAAUUUUGUACAUAUUUGCAAAAGUACCAAAGAAUAUCAGGCGUCUAAAGAAACAUCCCAGAUUCAUAGAAAUCUCUUAUGUUAUUUGUAAUUAUUAUCAAGGUGCAUUUAAAAGCCAAGAGAUGAAUUCAUUGGGUUUUUUGAAUGCGUGUCAAAUACAUGCACUCAUAAUAAACAUAAUAUGUAACUCAUUUUAUGCCAUUAUAAUAAAGUCGGUGAGAUUUUAUUGGUUGAACAAAUUUGCCGUGCCUUAUUCCUGCCAUCAUUAUUUUUUUUUAAAGAAUUAUACAAUAUUAUUAUAUUAAUCGUAAAAUACAGUGCAUUUAUUUACCCCAAAAAUCAUAAUAAAAAUGUUUGCAGUGUUUUAGAUCCAUAUGACUAAAUGCCAUUUUUAAUUCUGUAUUUGAGUUAUAUAUAUACCCAGAGGCAAAAGAAACGCCAAAUUUCCGUUGUCGUUCAAGCGCUGGCCAAAAUGUCCAUUGGUGAGUAGCCUGCUGUUUGCCUAAUAAUUAUUCCGUUGAGGCAUGGUCUGGACCUGCAAAGGUGACCUCAUUCGAACAAUCUGGGGUGCACACGAGAUACCGCAACUGAAGCAAUGAGAUACUUCCUAGACCUCCCAUGUGCAGACGAGAGGCACAAACUGGCACAAGUCCAAGCCUUUCUGUGAGCCCGCGUAGACGAGACGAACCCUCUACAUAAGAAAGUGGGACGGCAGAUGACAUCAAGGCUAAAGAGGGGCUCAGAAUGGAUGACCCAAGCCACAAACACCACCAACAAGUGCUGUCAGAUGCAAGACAUCAGGAGAGGCAGGGAUUGGGUUGUGGUCGAAGAUGCGCUCGGAGAGUACACAACAGUGAAGGCAACAUUGGGUAGAGAAUGUCGCAACUGGCCACUUGGAGCUACAAACGCUGAAAUUGAAACCCUGAUAGAAGAGCAUAGCGAACAUGGAGAUGCUGUGAUCUUCACGGAUGGAUCAGUCAACAGAGGAGUAAAAUCGGGCUGGGCCUUAAGUGUCUGAGUUGAUGGGGUAGAAGUGAAAGAGCAAAGUGGAACAACUGCACUGGCAACAUCAAGUAUGUGUAUGGAGAUAAAAGCCAUAAGUGAAGCUCUACACUGGAUCAAGAACACUAGCCAUCAGCGAGCAGUAAUCAUUACUGACUCAUUGAGCACACUACAGAAGAUACAGAAAGGGAUGCUGUAUGUGGACUGGAAGGCUACGAUCAGGGAGAGCAGCCUGGAAAGAGUGGCCUGGACCUUCUGCCCGGGUCACGCGCGGGUUACCGGCAACGAGAGAGCAGACAAGCUGGCUGGAGAAGCAAAAGUGGGAGGGAAUUUGACACUGGACCCACCAACCGU